AUGUCGAAGUGCGCUGCUUGCGGGAAAUUUGUGAGUCCGGCUGAUAUGAUUAAAUGUAGCAGUUGUGCUAAUAUUUAUGACAGAAUAUGUUUAAAGUUAUCCAAAAGUUAUAAAGUAUCUCCAAAAUGGCUUUGUCUGGACUGUACUUCUAAACAACCACGAAAAGAUAAUACGGAGACUCCGAUUAAGGUGCAAACAGAAAUAAGCCAGAGUAGUUCCUCGAACUCAUCACCUUCUAGUUGCAGUGGCUGUGAUGUUACAAGUAAGAUGAUAGAGGAGUUACGUACGGAAAUUGUCGCUGUGCGCAAUGAAUUUGUAAACUUUGGAACGAAGUUCGACAGGCUUUACCUUGCCGUCAGCGACUUAAGUAAGCGAGUUGAUGGAAUAGAGAAUCGGGUGGCUAAUCUCGAAAAAGAUGAUUGCAUGGAAAAAUAUAAGGAUGAGAACAAAAAGCUAAGCGACACAUUGGAGCGUCUUAAGUUCGAGUUGAACGAUCGUGAUCAGGAACAGCUCCUUACUGAUGUAGAAAUAAGUUGUAUACCUGAGCAUAAGGCAACGGUAGGUGCGGUGAAGUGGGGAGAGGUCUCAAUCGACGCGUCAGGCGUGCGCAACGAUGCCAGAUACACUGUAAUUACAGGAGAUGUACUGUAA